UCCUUUAGCUUUGUGUGACAAGCGGUUACGAUACAGUACUGUUGGAAUGUAUAUGAUCUAUCUAGUGCGCAUUAACCUGCCAAAUGUAAGACUUCAAACGAAGUUCUUAGAUGACGCUCAUGCCUUUGAACCACAAGGGGUUGGGAGAGGAAAAGUUUGGAGCCUCCAUUUAUUUCGGGUUGGAGAGGGGUACAGCAUUUACAACUCGUUCCGCCCAGACUUCGUGACGCUUCAUGUUGUCAAUUCAACUACCAAAACACUGGCGGCUGUUAACUUUACUUUCACCCAGAAGAUCAGAAAGUCAAUCGAACGCGUUUCUUUUUCAUGUAGACGCGUGAUUAGCGAGCGCGGUGCGAGGAGGCAGAUGGAGUGGGAGAGAGAAUCGGUGUGACCUUCUGAUUUGAGGGUGACAUGGGGCGGUUCAUCGCGUGUGGCCGCUGAUUUGAAGAACAUCUAAGUUUGGGCCGGAACAGAGUGGGGUCAGAGAGGGCCAGGAGGCUGAGAGACACAUGGGGACGGGAGAGAAGCUAGACAAUUUCAGAACCAUGUAAGGCCGACUCCUCCCGCAUUCAUCCACUUGGGAAAACCAGGGUCACCGGGAGGAGGAGCAGGGUGGAUAAAUGAUGGAAGAACUCGCACUCUUGGAGAAUAGCCCUCAAACUGGGAAUAGAUGACACAUCUCCUCGGGUACAAGGACCUGAGGGGGAUUUUCAUCACGUGGGGGAAAGAUACAACGAAAGACUUUUCUACAUCCAAGAGCACUUAAACAUUAUCUCAGCGACCAAUUUUCCCGAGCUCAGUCAUUUAACAAAAGUAUGUGGGAUACCUGGAUGGCGUGAUGUGGAGCUGCUUUUAAAAGGAAACAAUUUGACAUUUGCACGUUUAAUUUUGAAGAAGCCGUCCUUGGUAAGUUAGGGAUGACAGUCUAGCGGAGAUCUCCGGAUACAAUUUGGUGAAGACGCCGCCAACACUUACUGGGUUGUGGAGCGUUCGCUGGAACUGCAAGUUUACAAGUCAACGCUAACUCCAACUGAACUGGAGAUUUAAACCAAUUCAGGUCGGUACUGCCAAGAAACAUUGGCGAGUGAACGGGAGGCGAAGAGGAAAACGGUUCGCUUCGCAGCGCACUUUCUGGAUGUGUGCCGGCAGUGGGAACACGCGGGGACAGGGAGCGCCUGCAUGAUACACCAGCAGACAUUCACACUAACAGUUGGAGGAUCAGGAUUCAGCCAGAACUGGAGCUUUCCAGGCUUGUGAUUUACACACUUGAGAAGGACUUCACUUGGAGAUGCGUGGUCAGGGAAAGAUUUAAAAAGAUGUGAACUGCUAGUUGCCAAUACACAAUGCACCUGCUCGAUGGAUGUCAUAGGAGACAGAUACCGGUGCUUCUCAGCAUGAUCUAUCUUAUACUUAGUUCGACCAAAGAGAUGGGUGCUUCAGGUAUUUUUUCGGAUUACUUAUCCAAAGUUUUGCGUCGUCAUACAGAGCAAGCUUGUGAUGGUGCCCACCUAAACCUAUAUUGCCCUCGAGGUACAACAAUAAGUAUACAGUCAGCAUUCUAUGGACGUAAGGUGCCAAGUUCCCUCUUGUGCCCUGGUUUACAACCCAGAAGUAGAGCGGAAGAAAAUCUAAACUGUACAGCACCAACCACUUUACAGAAAAUACUGGAUGAAUGCCAGGAUCAGCAAUCCUGCCAGCUUCUCGUCAAUAGACGUGUUUUUGGACUUGACCCUUGUCCAGGCACUAGCAAAUACCUCCUUGUGUCCUAUAAAUGCAAGCCAAAUGAGUAUAAAAGCAAAGUAGCCUGUGAGGGGAAAGAACUUAAACUUCACUGUAAAGACUCUGCAUUGAUCAACGUCUAUUCUGCAACAUACGGCAGAAAGAUGAAUGGAAAUAAGGCUUGCCCUUCAAACCAUAAGCUUCCUAACAUAGAAUGUUUAUCACACACUGCCCUGGAAGUUGUAUCUACAACUUGUUACGGUAAACAAAACUGUAAAAUUAUCGCUAGUAGCCAGUAUUUUGGAGACCCUUGUUUUCCUGGAAUGCAGAAGUAUCUCAGUGUCAUCUAUGUAUGUGUUUCCAAAUUGUUACUACAGGAAGCUGAUCCAAAUUUCUCUGGUCUUGCACCUUCAUGGGUUUAUAAUGAAAAUGCCAAUAAAUCCUUGGGCCCUCAAGAAACCAGCUUUUCUUUGAAAGAAGGCAAAAUUGUUAUCAGCACCCUGGUUACAUUUGCUUACAUCAAAAAUAAUCCAGAAAUGGUUGGUUUGUUGUUUAUAUCCAGUGUCUGCAUUGGCUUAAUCUUCACACUGUGCGUAUUAGUGAUUCGAGUAUCCUGCAGACCAGAUCUACAAAAGAUUUGCAACAAGAAUUCUGCUGACAGGAAGGUGGAUUGUUGUCAGGAUGAGGGUGGAAAUGAAGGCAACAGUAAUGAUGAUGAAGAUGAAAGCAGUGAUGAUAAUGGCGAAAGUUCCUUGGACUUCACCUUUGAAGGAUUAACAAAAUUUUACAGCAUGACAGGAUCCAACAACACAGAAGCAGCAGAGAUGGCUGAACGCAUUGAGCGUCGAGAUAGGAUAAUACAAGAAAUCUGGAUGAAUGGAGGUUCAGAACUGCCUGUGAUAAGGAAUCUUAACCAGUAUUAUUGAUAACUAGAGAUAUGAAAAUCAUUGGUGUAGAUUUUGGCAAUUAUGAUAACUACAAAAUAUUUUUAAAAAUUUUUAUUUCCAUUGAUCACUUUAGUUAUGGGUUCCUUCUAUGAAGGAAAUUAAUUAUUGUAAAGUGUGUUAAGUAAAGUUACAAAUGAAUAUUUUUGAACAGGGUGACUUCUUUAGCCAAACCUCAACUUCUAAGAAAGCACUGUGAACAAUUCAUUUAGUUUACUGUAAGUUUAAAAUUUCAAAACACUGUGCAAAUCCAAACAUCUCAAUAUUGGAUCAGGUUAGACUUGCAUCAUUGCCAUUCUAAAGCUGGUUUAUUCCAUCUUUGAUCAAAUCAGAUUCCUUAGAUUUAGUGAUGUGAAUGUUACUCAUAAUAGCAACAACAAAAGGCAAAGGGUUAGUGAAUACUUUCAAUGUACCAUGUCUUUACAAUCAAUUUGAGCUUUCUACUAAAAAUAUUGUUGUGAUUGCAAGAAAUGAUCUUUGAAUAUUUUCAAUAUAUCUAAUUCCAAAAGGCAACAAUGUAAAUAUUGAUUCUUCCAGUCUACGUCUUUUGUAAAAAAAAUGCCACUUUUCUUUUCACUAGUUGAGAUUUGAUGAUAAUACUUUUGAUUGAGGAGGUAAAACGCCUAUUGACACUUAAGUAUCAUAUAUCCACAAUGUGUAUGUCACGUUGAAUUAUAUAAAGUGCAAAUGCUGCUACAGGUGGUUUAAAAGGAUAUAUUUAUAACCAAAACUUAUAUUUUGUUCUUUUUGUAAAAUGUACAUCUAACACAUUGAGAGUAUUAUUUAUCAAAUGGUAUAUAGAAAAAUUUAUCCAGUAUUGUCUUCUGCAAUAUCCAAUAAUGAACAAACAUAUGAAUUGAGAGCAGAAGUCCUUCAAGGCCUAUCAUUCAAUAAAAUUAUGGUUCAUCUGUUGUGCUUUGAAUUCCACAUUCCCUGCUAAGACUGUUAACUCUGUGUUUCCUUGGCAAACAAAAAUCCAUUAACCUCCACUUUAAUAAUAUUCAAUGACUCUACCUCAAACUCCACCAGAGGCAGAGAGUUCCAAAGCUAGACAACCUCUAAGGAAAAAAAAUUGCUACAUCUCUGUACCAGAAGAGUGACUCUUUUCAAAUGCUGUCCCCUAGUCUGGAGUCAUGGACAGGAGGAAACAUCCUUUAAGUCUGUCUUCUCAAGGCCGUUCAGGAUCUUGUGUACAUCAACCACAUCUCCUGUCACUCUUCUAAUCUCCAGAAGAUACAGGCCCAGUCUAUCUAACCAUUCCUCAUAAGACAACCUUCCAGCCAUCAAUCUAGUAAAUAAAAGCAAAAUACUGCUGGAGAUAAGAAAUUAAAUAAGGACAUGCUUUAAAAACUCAGUAGGUCCAGCAGCAUCAGUAGAUAAAGAAGCAGAGUUAAUACUUUGAGUGUAGCAUGACUCUUGUUUAGAACUGAAGUGUUUUUUUUGCUGUUGACAUGGGGAGUGGGGGGAUAGUGGCAAGUGAGUGGAACGGGCGGUAAGUUUGGUCUUUAUUUCAAAAGAAAUGGAGUGUAAAAAUAAGGAGGUCUUGCAAGUAAUCAGACCACAGUUGGAAUACUGUGAAUUGUUUUGUUCCACUUUAUCUGUGGAAAGAUACACUGGCAUUGGAGGUAGUCCAGAGAAGUUCCACUUGACUGAUGACAGGUAUGGAGAAAUUUUCUUCAGAGGAGAGGUUGAGCAGGGCUGUCUUGUACUCAGUGGAGUUUUCAUUGAAGCAAAAAAGAUGCUUGGUUGGGGGGUGGGGGCGGAGCUGGACAGUGUUGAUGGUUUCCCCUUGGAGUUAUAAGGUACAGACUCGGAAACAAACAGGCACCACUUCUGCACUCAUAAUCAUACAUAGGGAACAACAGAAAAAUAGGUGGUUCCAUAAAUUUGACUCAUUAUUUUCCCAGAAAUUGUUGAAUACAUAAAAUUAUAAAGAGGGAAAGCCAUUUUAAUUGUUCAAUUCUGAUUCUGCACACAAACAAUUUAAGUAGAACUUGACAGUUAACAACCAGUACAUUACUUUUAACAGCGUCUCAUUGAAGAUUUCAUAAAAUUAGUAAAGCAAAUCAACACAUUAUCGGGCUUGAAAUUGAGACACGGUCUAAUUUAUUUGUAACUUUGUGAAGCAAAUAUUUUAGUACAAGAUGUUCAAGUGGUUAAUUACAUUAUUCUUCCAAAUUGUCACACUUAUUUAAAGAUUUUUUUUUUAAAAAUGGUGAAUAAUGUAAAAAUGCCAAAUCUGAAGUAUAGUUAUACACACAGUAAUAUCCAAUGGGCUUGAUUAAGUAAGCUUAACUUUUUAAUGUUAGAAAUUUGGGGAAUUUAAGAUUCUGCAAGAGGGCCAAAUUCAUUCUUCAAUUUUUGUAGCAGUUUAUUUGAAAUGAGUAUAAUUCAGGCUGAAAUAUGUCCAUUUUAUAUUCUACUUCUGUUCUUUGCAGGCAAGUGAAAGCAUGUUCAUGAAAUAUCCCAUCUUAAGGACUGAGUCAAUUUCAUUCCUCAAUUUUUAGAAUUGUCUAAGUUUUCCUACUGCCCCAUUUGAUUGCUGUUCAGCGUUCUUCUAAAUGCGGGAUGUAUUUUAGACUAGAUGACUUCAGUUGAAAGCAGGAUAGUCUUGUCAAAGCUUGCAUCAAGGGAACAUUAAUAUUUAUGGUCAAUGCUCAUACAUGAAGAAUGGAUGUUUCGAUAAGGUGCUGUAAAAUAAUCAGUGCCCAGAAAAUAAGCAUAAAAUAAGGCUGCUUUCAAAAAAGAAAGAAAGAAUAAGGAAAAAAAAUCUUAUAUCAGGUAUGUUCAGAAUUAAAUUACAGUUCACUUCUCCAGAUCAGAAAUAUUUAGUUUUAGCACAUACCAAAAAGUAUUAUAACACAUGUAUACAUUUUGAAUACUGUGCGUUAAAAUAGGAACAAGAGCUCCUACAAUCCCUUCAAGUGAUUUUCUCACUCAAAUAGAUCAUAAAGGAUCUGUAUCAAAUUUUAUUUAACUGCUUUAAUUGCAUAAUCUCUUAAUACAGUAUCCAUUUUCAGCUUUCUUACUCUGGCUGAGGAUUAGAUUCAAAACUGCAGUCAUUAUUUCUACUAUGAGUAACAUUUUUGCAACUAGGUUUUACUGCUAACAAUGGAAUGAUAGCAAAGUCCCAAACUUACACAGUCCAAAGCUAGAAAUCCACUUCUUCAGAAGAGUAUAAUAACAGAAGUUCCCAUUUCUGAGGAAGGGUCACUGGACCUGAAAUGUUAACUCUGAUUUUUUUCAUCACAGAUGCCACCAGAUCUGCUGAGCUUUUCCAGCAACUUCUGUUUUUGCUCCUGAUUUACAGCAUCCGCAGUUCUUUCGGUUUUUCAUCAGAAGAGUACCCUUAAGAUGUAAACAUCUUGUUGGUGACUGCCUGUUCAUGUCUGUCUGCCUGAGAGUUACUAUCCUCUCGCUAGGAUCAUCUGCCAAUUCCAUCUUGCCUGACUUUGCAUACAUAGAGAGACAUGAGACAAAGUUGAUGAUACCUUCAUCUAGAUUAAAUGAUGACCUGAUGUGAGGUAUAGAGUAUUCCCAUUGUUGUGCAAUACCAGCUGCUUGGAGGAAUGAGUGAGUGCUGAAGAUGUUCUGGAAAAUAAAUGACCCUUGACCGCAUUUAAAACUAAAGUGUGAGGCUUUCAGUGAUUCAGAGGUGCUGACACUGUCACAGAAAUUUUGCAUUUACCUCUGGAUGUCAUUAACUAAUAAAGAUCAAUGGCUCUCAGUUUUGACAGUUUCAAUUGGUCUGGCCACAAGAUUUUCUUGAGUGGAGAAUUCCACAUUUCCUGUACUGUAUAUCAUAUAAUAUUUCUGGCCUGUAUUUAUCUGAUGAAUCUGGGCAGCAUCUCUUCCAAAGCAAGGUGGAUUACACUGCAAUAUUUAGAGCUAAAUGUACUCCAGAUGCAGUCGAAACAAGCUGUGUAAAUUCUGUUCUAUGAUAACAGUCCUAAGUACUAUUCAUGGCCUUAUGCUGGAGAUAUAGAUGUCUGCUAAGAAAUGCUAAUAAGUCUCAUGAAAUGUAGGAAACUAUUAUCUCAUGUUCCCCAGAUCUCAAAACAACAAGUUGAUUGCUGGUUAUGGGCUCUUUUGCAAUUUGAACCUGCAGGGUUCCACGGGGAGUUUAUUUAGUCGCUUUCUAUGCUGCAAUCUUGAGAAGAAACAUACCAUCUUCCCUAUUGAUGCUGCAAUAUGAUUCUGUUUGCUAGUGAUCAGUAGAAUAGGCUUCAAUUAAAUAGAAAUAUUCUGAACUCACUCCUUGCCCAACUUAUUGCCCUAUGAAAGUUGCAAUCCAGUUGACCUCAUGUUGCCCCAUGACCUUCAAUAUUUCAUUCAAUGCUCAUAUAUUGAGUUGACUGCCAUGCCUGGAUCUUUCGUGAUGUGGCAAAGUUUUCCAGAUGCUUAAGCAGCUGCUAUGCCCCGCAAUAAUUUAUAUCAAAACCAAUCAUUCUCCUUUGCUUGAAAGGAAAAUUCCAUGUUCAUUUGCAGGCACACCUCAUGUUCAAAGUAACGGUCCCGUUACUUCUGUUGUCAUUAGUAGAUGAAGCAUGACACAGAUCCAAAAAUCAUACCUUCGUGGGAGCUGUCUCUAACGUGUGGGGCUUGAUGUCAAGCUAUGUUUGCAUUAAAGGAUGUAAACUUGAUGCAGCAUGACCUGCUGAGAAUUUUCAGCUUUUUUUUGGUUGUUAUUUCAGAUUUUCCAGCAUCAACAGUGUUUUGCCUUCGUGUUGUGCAGUGGGUAAAUGUUCCUUGUAAUGGUAUUCAACCAAAUAAACUAAAAGAUACAUGCCCAAGGACA